AUGAGUUUGGGCAAGGUUUAUGUUGGAGGAUUGCCUGAGGAUGCGACAAAUGAAGAGUUGGAGGAGGCUUUUCACAAAUUUGGACGGAUUCGGAAGAUUUGGGUUGCUAGAAGACCACCAGGUUUUGCUUUUGUCGAGUUUGAUGAUCAAAGAGAUGCUGAAGAUGCUGUUCGAGCUCUAGAUGGAAGGUAUGUUGAUUUACUUUGUUGUUUUUUAAUUUCAUGUAAGGUAUAUACUUAAAAAGACUGGUUUUGGUUUGUUUUUAUUGAGAACAGCAGUUUUUUUGCUUGACGAAAGCUACUUAAAAAUUUCUUUUAACGUUUAUGUAUCGAACACAGAAACGCGAUCUUUUGGUAUCUAAAAUUAAAAUUACAUAUUAAAUUAUAACUUUAAUUUGUUUUCAGCCGUUUAUGUGGAGUUAAAGCUCGUGUUGAGCUUUCCAAUGGCCGUUCUCGAGGUGGCGGUGGUGAUCGCAGAAAUGACCGUGGUGGACGUUACGACAGAGACAGAAGAGACAGGUAAGUAAUUUUCUUAUUUAUGUUAGUUUUUAGGGAUUCAAGAAUUUUCUUUGAAAAUUUUGUUUACUAUUUUUGGAUUUUAAGAUAUCGCUCCCGAUCUCCGCGCGAUCGUAGACGUUCCCGUUCUCCACGCCGCGAACGCUCUCCUCGCCGUUCUGAGUCACCGCGCAGAUCACGCACUCGUUCAAAGUCGCCAGAAGGCAGAAGAAGUGUAUCCAAGUCCAGGUAAAAUAAGAUUAUCCUAAAAUUGAGAAGAAACUAAUUUUUUAGGUAAAAAAAGAACACUUAUAAUAUAAUAUCGUAACUUUUUGUUGGUUAAUCAGGUUAAUAUUUUCAGAUCCCGCUCUCGAUCCCGUUCUUAAACUACUUCCUACAAGGCAUGAAUAAAAUACCAUUGUUAACAACGUCAACUCACUUAUAAUCUUUUCAUUUUGUUUCUGGAAGUAAAGUAUUUUAUUUGCUUUUUUGCAAACACAGUAAACAGAAAGUUAAUUAAAUAUUUUUAAUUUUAUGCUUAAUUAAAAAUCAAAUUAAUAAGUUAUUAUUUUUUUUUCAAUUUAAAUUCACUAUUCUACAUUUUUUAUUUCAAUUUGUGUUUUAAUAACAAUUUCCUUGCUAGAAUGAACAUUGGAUUCACGGGUACAGUAAGACUUUUGUCCGAAAUUUUUAAAAAUGUUUAGGUUUUGAUCACCUGCUUCACAAGUUUUUGCUUAAGCAACGAUUAUCUGAAAUACGAGCCUCGAUCGCCUGUAGAUCCAGGUAAGAAAACUUGAUUGGGUUGAAGUAUUCUCUAAAGUUAAAGGGUAUUAAUUGUUAACAAAAACUUAUUAUUUUAUAGGUUCUAAAAUAUUAUACUUUGGUUUGUGCGCAACUCUUCAUAUUGAUGUAUCCAACACUGCCGAUAGCUCCCUUGUGUUAAUUGAUUCCGAGUAUGUUGAUGGAGAUAUAAUGCAACUAGCAGUAUCUGGGUAAUAGUUUUUGAUACGAUCUUAGAAAACGUUUUUACAACGUUUAACAUAGUAACCUUGCAGAUCUGGAAAAAAAAUUGAAAAUUUUUUAUUACCCUUCCCAAAUUCAAUUUUAAAGUUUUACCUAUUCGUUUUAAGCUUGGGUUUGAAACCGAAUGUUGGGUAUGUUUCGAAAGAUCAAUCUUGUGAAGUGGUAAUUCAAUACACAAACGAAACGCUUCUUAGUGUUUGGGUUAAUGGUAUACGUAAAUUUGAUACAACUGACGUCACACCGGCUUUAAUCGGUUCUGUUGAGCAUAAUGGUACAAUAAUUGUUUCAAGAGACACGACAAGUUUAUUUUAAUCAGUAUGCGAUUAUAUAUUUACUUCAUUGACUGCGUGAAUUUAAAUAAACUGCAAUUAAUAAAUUUUUGUGUGUAACAAAUGUGUGUUUUUCUAAAUUAUUGGCAUAGAUGGUUGGGUUAAUUAAUUUUUUUUAAAUUAACAGUGAGGAUCACACUGAACGUUUAUAAAUUGGAGAAGAACUCACGACUCAGCGACGCGAGGAACAGUGAAAUACCUGGGGGCUUUGUGGAAGGACGGUUUUAAGAUUAAAGCACAACAUGUGUGUUGUUAAAGUGAAAUCUUUUGUGCUCUUCUAUCCUACAACAAAUUAAAGUUUUUUAUUAAUUUUUUUAUGAAGCAUUACUUUUACAGUAACAAUUGCUUUAAUUAAUGUUUCAAAAUUGAAAACAAUAAAAUUUUUGUAAUUAAUCGUGACCUUUAAAACAAUAUUUAUAUUAAAAUCACACUUCAACAGCGCAUUUUUAAAUUUACAUUUGAUUAUGUUUGUCACGGUAAUUGUUUUGUUUGUAAGUUAAAUUUUUUAAAACUAUAGUUGCAAAAAAAUACUGUAAUUCAACACUAUUUGUCAUAAAAUUUAAAUUGUAAAACUUUGUAGUGUUUUUUCAACAAUGUUUGUCCAGAACAAUUACCAGUGUCAGCGCCAAUUUCCUUCGAGCUGGACAAGCCGAUGACAUGGGGCACUAUGAUUGAUUUUUAUUUGAUCCCGCUCAAAGAUUUUACAAUAAAAUUUCUGAAUAAAGGUGGCGACAUUGUCCUUCAUUUAAAUAUCAUUAUCGACAACGAAGGCUAUGUCAAACUCAACUCUCGUGAACACGGUUGGCAGAGCGAGGAUGACAAGUGGCAGUCGGAAAAGCAAUGGUGUGAAGAAGUACCAUGUAUUUUUUACAGCCGACCGACAUCGCUGAUCGUUUAUUGUCAUGAGUCGCAUAAAACUUUUGAGGUUAUUGUUGAUAGCAACAAAAUUGGCUAUUACAAAUGCAAGUUUGAUGAUAGGGAGAUUGUUAAAAUUGAGAUUACUGGUGAUGUGGAUGUUGUCAACAGUUUUAUCUUGGAGAAGAUUGAGAAGGCUGAAGAAUAA